UGUGAGUGAGUGGCUAAAUGUAAUGAUACUUUGGUACCUAGAUGAGAUUAUGUAUUAGAUCUCACUCCCGGAUACGUACAUGUACCCUAGGCAGGUUUCCAGGUACGACCCGCGGGGUUGGAUUUAGUUAUCUGUAACGGCCCGUUCACCGAGUGGCUAGGUGCCUAGGUGCCUAUAGGUACACCGACUGAGGGGUAGCUCCGAUAAGGCGUCGCCGAUACGAGAUAAAACGGCGGUAUUAGAAGUUGACUUCAAAUUUCUUUCAUAUAUCCAACUCAUGCAUGUAACAUUUCCCACGUAAACUCCAUAAACCUGCUUGAGGAUGGCGACUGAAGAAAGUAAACGUCGCGUUGAAGCGCUAAUUCCCAAGUUCCAGUUUGAGCGCGUGAUUAAUCAAGGUGAAGCAGGACGGCACAUCACGCUAUACGGACAAGUCGACUCGCAACCUGCGCUUCUCAUACUAGAACGCGCUCCUAUCCCCGACGCUGAAGAGUAUUUGUCCGUCCUGCCUGCUAAUCUACGCAGCAUCACAAACCUAGGCAAUAAUGAUAUAUAUUCGUGGUUCCUAGCCUCGGGAGCACCCAUCCUCAAGGGAAAUGAAAACGACAAGUUUGCCGACCUCAAGAUAUCCCUGAUAUGCCCUUGCACAGAAAAGCAUAUCAAGAAACACAGCAAGCAAGGGUACCGCUUCGUGACAGAGACACCCGAGAUCUACCGCAAUAAGGUGCGGCCGUUUAUGCAGAUAAAUCGAGAAGAGGGCCACUUGAAUUGGGUCUUUAAUAUCAUCGAAGGGAGGAAAGAAGUCGAAGACGUCAUUUAUAGAACACCGCUGGGCCAGGAUGGGGACGAAGGGUUCCUAAUGCUGCCGAAUCUGCACUGGGACCGAAAGACAAUCGAAGCGUUACACCUUUUAGGUAUAGUCGAACGACGAGAUAUCUGGAGCUUGAGGGACCUAAAGAAAAAACACAUCUCUUGGCUGAAACAUAUGAAAGCCAAGCUGAUAGACGCCACGGUGAAGACAUAUCCGCAGAUCGACACGGAUCAACUGAAACUGUUUGUUCAUUACCAGCCAACUUAUUACCAUUUCCAUAUCCAUGUUGUGCACGUCAUGUUAGAGGCAACUUCUACUCAGUCGGUCGGGAAAGCGAUUGGGUUGGAUAGUAUCAUCGAACAACUCGAGUCGAUGUCAGGAGAUGAAGAGGUUGGGAUGGACAGCAUCUCGAUAGGCUACACGUUGGGUGAGGCAUCGGAUCUGUGGAUUGAAAUUUAUGAGCCGCUUAAGAACUCCGGUAAAGCUUCUCAACCGCAAUGACAAGAUCAUUAACACCCGGUCCGCUAGCACAGUCGGUCCAUUCCCCACCAUCUCGAAUGCAAUAUACUUGGUCGU